CGUGCCCCGCCCCGGCGCCAUGGCGGGGCCGCCGCCGCAGGACGCGCUCGGCCGCUGGGCCCGGGAGCAGGCCCGGCUGCGGGCCGGCGUGCUGGAGCGGGACACCGAGGAGUGGCAGCGACAGCCCGGCUUCGCGGGACUGGAGCGAGUGGGAGGCGUGGAUUUGUCCUAUGUGAAAGGAGACGAGACCCGCGCCUGCGCGUCCCUGGUGGUGCUCAGCUACCCGGGCCUGGAGGUGCUGUACGAGGAUUGCCGGAUGGUGGCUGUGGAUGCCCCGUACGUGGCAGGAUUCUUGGCCUUCCGAGAGGUCCCUUUCCUGGUGGAAGCUCUUCAGAGACUGCAGCAGGAGCAGCCCAGGCUCACGCCUCAGGUUCUUCUUGUAGAUGGGAAUGGCCUGCUCCAUCCCAGAGGAUUUGGUGUGGCCUGUCACCUCGGGGUCCUGACAGAUAUACCGUGCAUUGGUGUAGCCAAGAAUCUCCUGCAUGUGGAUGGCUUGGCCAAGGAUGAGCUGCACAAAGAGCAGAUUCGUUCCCUACAGAGGGAAGGAGACUCAUUCCCACUGAUGGGCACAUCAGGGAGAGUCCUGGGCAUGGCCCUGCGUAGCCACAGCAAGAGCUCGAGGCCUCUUUAUGUCUCCGUGGGUCACAAGGUGAGCCUGGGGACAGCCGUGCGCCUGCUCAGGUCCUGCUGCAGGUUCCGGAUCCCCGAGCCCAUCCGUCAGGCUGAUAUGAGGUCAAGGGAGUAUAUUCGGAAGCAGCUGUGCUCACCGCUGGAGGUCCUGUCUGCUGGGCCAGAGAGCACUAAAAAGGAGGCUGAACUGGAUGAUUAGACUGGUGCCAGAAGGAACUGCAGGGCCCCUCUUCCCUGGAUCCUCUCCUCCACCAAGACUGUGGUUCUGUUGAGUGCAACAGCUGAGUGCCACCCCAGGGGACAGCUGUGCAGGACCGUGUCCAUCAGGCCACACCAGCCACUCUGUGUGGUUCUGGUGGGCAGGCAGACCAGCUUCUCUUCAAGGAUAAUGCUCAGAGUGUAUUUCUCAGGGUUGAUUUUUAAGCAUUGUAAAAAUAUUUGCAUACGUAAAUGUA